UUUUUUUUUUGUUUAUUUAUUUGUUUGUUUAGAAAAGCGUGUGAGAGAAGGUAUCCUCUUUUUUCUCUUAUUUCCCUAGGAUUGUUCUCUUUCUAUACCAUUUCUUCUACGUUUAUUUUUUUUUCUAAAAAAAAAACAAAAAGAUAAAUCAGAACCUACUUUUAGUAUGACCCAAUCAUUCAGCAUCAAUGCUCCAUCAGAUGAAUCAUCAUCUUCUCAACAACAUUCAUCUAUUUUUUCUUAUUUCUCAAACAUCAUUUCAGCUGCUAGACAAUCAGCCACUGAUGAAUUUGAACGAUUUUGCGAGACAAUAGGAAUUAAUCAAAACAAAAAAGUGAUAUCACAACAACAGCCAAAAUCAACCAUGAGUGAACCUAUAUUUGGAAGAGUCUUGCCCGAUCUUCAAAGACGCAGUUUAGUAAGAGAUGUUAGCAUACAAACUGAGCCCUCUUUAUCAUCAUCACCCACUUUAAACGCCUCUCAACUUCCUUUAUCUCCUGAUAGAUUGAUUUUUAAUAAAUCCAACUUUACCCCCUCCUCUUCACAAAGGUCUGCUGCUUUUAAAAACUCAACUCAAUCCAUCUUACCACCAUCAGAGAGCUCUUUAUCGGUCACCUCCAAGAGGUCUCCUUAUUUACCGCUUAGAAAUAAUAAAAGCCAUUAUGAAAGUUUUAGUGUUCAGUCAUCAAUAAAUCAUCAUCUUGAACCAAAUGAAACACCCACUCCUACUACUCCUACUUAUAAAGCAAUUAUUAACGAUGAGCCCCCUGAAGCCAAGACGAACGUCACUGAUUUUUCAUCUACUCGAAUGUCACCAAGCAAGCGAAGGAUAUCGACUGUUGCUGAAGAAGAAAAUCAUAAAGAUUAUUCACACAACAAAAAAUUAAAAAAUAUUCAAGAGAACAACAAUUUAUCACAACCUGUUGUCUCCCAAACCAGUCCAAGUUCUUUAUCGCCAUUUAGAAAACGUAUGAUGUCUAUUAUGGAUGACACCACACCUCUUUAUGAAGAGACAAAGAAGCAAAGGCUGAGCAAUGAUAGUGUCCUGACACAACAGAUACCUACAACAUGGAAGGAUAUUCCAUCUCCUUCAAAACCAGUAAUGCGUUUAGCUCUUGAACUUGAGGAAGCUAUUUCAAAGUUAUCUCCAGUAAGGCAAGAAUAUAAAAGUAGGAAAUCAAUAGAAUCGAAUAAUGACAAGUCGAUUCCUGUUACAGACAAUAAUAAUAAAUCAUCGUCAGAUUCUACGCAGAAGACUUCUCUUACUAAUGAAGAACUUGACUUGCGAGUGGAAGCUCUUGAGCGAAAGGUGAAAUAUGUUAAAUCAAAAGUUAUGGAAUUUACAAAUAGCUUUGAUAAUCAUCUUCCUUCACCAACAUCGUCGCAUCUUAUAAAAGAGAAUGAGGGCAAUACAGAUUUAGGAGAUGUAGUACGGGAUCAACAAAAAUAUACACCUCCAAGCUAUCAUCCCUCAUUCCUCUCUACUUAUGAAAACCCUAAAGUUCCUAAAUCAUACUCUGACAAACCACAACAAAGCAAUAAUAAGUCUUUACUUGAUAGUCAUAAACAUAAAAUGCGUCAAUUAUUACCUCUGAUCCCUAAUGUGAAGCUUAGAAAAACUGAUACCAUUUUGGGCCCUGAUGGUGUUAUGAAGCCUAAUCCUUUUUGGAUGGAAAUAUAUAACCCAAGACGAAGAGCAAUCUAUUAGGGUAUUUAAUUGCUUAUUAUGUACAACUACAUUAUAUACAUUCAAAUAAUACAUAUCAAGAUUCAUGUGUUAUUGAUAUAUGUAAAAGGAUAUAUCCAACAUAUUAUUAUUUUAAUUAUAGCUAUAAUAACCACUUAAAAGAUGAGGAUGCUUAAGCAUUCUAUUUGAAUAUACCUAAAAUGCUCUUUAGCAGCAAUAAUUCUAUUAGUCAUUGUAGGUAUUAUUAUUAUUAAUAUUAAUAUUAUAUAUGUAUAUAUAAAACUUGAAUUUUCAUAAUGGG